AUGUCCGCUGAAGACGAUGUCGAAAUGCACGAAGAGCAGCCGAUAGAGGAUGUGGAGGACACGGAAAGCUCCGACGAAGAAGAAGAAGACGACGAGACGGAAGACGAGGACGAAGAAGUGCCUGAGAAUCAAAGACAGGCUUACAUUCCGGGACUGAGCCGACCGCUGAAGAACGGAGAGGAGUUGGACUUUGAUCCGAGUGCCUACAAAGUUUUCCAUAGCUUUAAUUCUGAUUGGCCUUGCCUUUCGUUCGAUGUUGUUAAAGAUGGACUUGGUGAUAAUCGCGUUCAAUUCCCGGCAGAAUGCUACAUUGUCAGCGGAACUCAGGCGGAUAAACCGAGAGACAACGAGAUCAUUGUGAUGGGAUUGAAGAAUCUUUCGACGAUGCGGAAACAAAAAGAGAACAAAGGUGACGACAGUGACACUUCUGAAGACGAAUCUGAAGAUGAGGACGAGGAAGAGUCAAAGAAACGAGAGCCAAAAAUGCACGCAGUAUCAAUUCCACACUUCGGCGGAAUCAAUCGGAUUCGUGCAGAUCGCCUCGGAGACAGUACUGUGUGCGCGUGUUGGAGUGAUCAGGGACGUGUUCAAGUGUGGAACAUCACUGAUGCAUUGAACUAUUCACAUGGAAUGAGUGGAGAGUCAAAGACCGAGGUUCAGAAGGUUGAUAGACCAUUGUUCACUAAUAAUGGUUCGGGAAAAGAGGGAUAUGGCCUCGCCUGGUCGUCUUUGAAGACGGGAGAUCUCGCUACUGGAGAUAUUAUUAAGAAGAUCUAUUUGUGGCAAAUGAAGGAAGGAGGACAAUGGGCAGUGGGAGCUAAUCCGUUGACUGGUCACAAGAAAAGCGUCGAAGAUCUAUCCUGGUCACCAACUGAAACCGGCCUUCUCUCUUCUUGCUCGGCAGACGGAAGCAUCAAACUCUGGGACACCCGUUCCAAUCCGAAAGACGCAUGCGUUUGCACCGUUCAAAAGGCUCACGAAUCAGAUGUCAAUGUUAUUUCCUGGAAUCGUCACGAGAAUCUGAUUGUGUCUGGCGGCGAUGAUGGAGAACUGAAAGUUUGGUCGCUUAAGACGAUUCAAUUCGGUCAACCGGUUGCUGUAUUCAAGUAUCACAAUGGACCGAUCACUUCAGUUGAAUGGCAUCCAGAUGAAACGACGACGUUCAUGGCAUCUGGAGAGGAUGAUCAAACGACGAUGUGGGAUAUUGCAACGGAAGCAGAUGGACAAACGAACAUUGAUGGUGUGCCACCGCAAUUGAUGUUCGUUCAUAUGGGUCAGAAAGAGGUCAAAGAGGUUCAUUGGCAUCCACAGAUUCCUGGAUUGGCUAUCAACACGUCGAUCGAUGGAUUCAACGUCUUCAAGACCAUCAACAUCUGA